GCCGGGAGCAGGGCCACGCCGGUGCGCGGGCCGGGAGAUGACUCGGGAGUGCACACCCCACCGGGAGGCAGGCAGGGGCGGUCAGGCCGCUCUAUCCCUUUAAGAUCGUGAUCCUGCUAGCGCCGACGACGCGACCCGUGGACACCCCCAUGGUGCCUCCUCGCCUUUGGAACGGGCAUACUCCGUGCCCAUGCCCAAGAAGGCCCCUCUCAGUACUCCUGGCACCCCGGUCCUUGAAGACUUUCCUCAGAAUGACGACGAAAAGGAGCGGAUGCAGCGGAGGCGCUCCAGGGUCCUGGACUUGCAGUUCAGUGCAGACUCGCCUCACCUGUUGGCCUCCCCUUCCAGGAGUGUUGACCUUUCAGCUACAAUCCCGAAGUUCACUAACACACAGAUUACAGAACAUUACUCCACUUGCAUCAAACUCUCCACCGAGAAUAAAAUCACUACCAAGAAUGCUUUUGGCUUGCACUUGAUUGAUUUUAUGUCAGAGAUCCUUAAACAGAAGGACACGGAACCGACCAACUUUAAAGUGGCUGCUGGCACCCUGGAUGCCAGCACCAAGAUCUAUGCUGUGCGGGUGGAUGCUGUCCAUGCUGAUGUGUACAGAGUCCUUGGGGGACUGGGCAAAGAUGCACCAUCUCCAGAAGAAGUGGAAGGCCAUGGUGCAGAUGGAAGUGCUACCGAAACGGGAACAACCAAAAAGGUUCCAAAACCAAAGAAGAAGCAUUCGUACAAGACCAUCGAGCAGAACAUAGACAGCCUCAAUGCCUCCGAAGCAGAUCGGAAGUGUGCGGUUGAUCCCAUGUUUCAGAAGACAGCAGCCUCCUUUGACGAGUGCAGCACCGCAGGCGUGUUCCUCUCCACUCUCCACUGCUGCGACUACAGGAGCGAGCUGCUUUUUCCUUCUGACAUCCAGACCCUCUCCACUGCAGAACCUCUUGAGUUGCCAGAUUUAGGGUGGGUCGAAAUGACAGACCUAAAAGCGCCCCUGCAGCAGUGCGUGGAGGAUGGCCAGCUCUGCCCUUCCCUGGCCGGUUUCCAGUUCACGAAGUGGGACAAGGAGACGCAUAAUGAGUCCGUGUCGGCCCUGGUAGACAAGUUCAAGAAGCACGACCAGGUGUUCGACAUCAACGCCGAGGUGGAGGAGAGUGGCUGUGGGGACUUCCCCGAGGGGCCCCUGGAAGACGACUUCGAUGCCAACGACGAGCCCGAGCCCACCUCAGCCGGGGACCGCGAGGAGCUCCGCAGCUGGAGGGAGCCCUGCCAGGUCCAGAGCAGCCAGGAAGAAAUAAUUUCCCUUGGGGAUGGAGACAUUCGGACCAUGUGCCCUCUUCUCUCCAUGAAGCCCGGAGAAUAUUCCUAUUUCAGUCCUCGGACUAUGAGGAUGUGGGCUGGCCCAGAUCACUGGCGCUUUAGGCCUCGACCCAAACAAGAUGCUGUUUCCCAAUCAGAGAACAAGAAGAAGAGUUCAAAGAAAGAUUUCCAAAUAGACUUUGAUGAAGAUAUUGAUUUUGAUGUAUACUUUCGAAAAACAAAGGCUGCUACAGUUCUGGCCAAGUCUACUUUGGAGAACCAGAACUGGAGAGCCACCACUCUUCCGACGGAUUUCCACUACGGGACCGACACUCUGGUCCAGCUCCAUCUCAAACCAGGCCUGAGGUUACAAAAGAUGGCCCAGGGCCAGAAGUCAGACACUGAGCACUAUGAAGAAAUUGGAGACUAUGAUUACAACAACCCUAAGGACACCUCCAACUUUUGUCCUGGACUGCAGGCUACUGACAGCGAUUACGAAGAGUCAGGUGAUUUAUGUUCAGAACAAGUUGGGACCUUUGACCACAUGUCCGAUCCCUGCCACACGCCUAAGACAUCACAAGAGAACGGUGACACUUCUGAAGACCAAGGAAUGGAUAUCACGACAUACAAGGAGUCAAACCUGGUAGCUGAGCCUCAGAAGGUAAAUAAAAUUGAAAUUCAUUAUGCCAAGACUGCCAAAAAGAUGGACAUGAAGAAGUUGAAGCAGAGCAUGUGGAGUUUGUUGACAGAGUUCUCCAGAAAGGAGGCAGACGCAGAGGCAAACCAUAAUGAAACCAGAAUGGAAGGGGCCUUGGCAGAGGUGGCUGACAAGAAGAUGCUGAGCGGACUCACAAAGGGCCUGCAGAAAAGCCUGCCUCCCAUCAUGGCUCAGAACCUCUCUAUACCUCUGGCUUUUGCCUGCCUCCUGCAUUUGGCCAAUGAGAAGAACCUAAAGCUGGAAGGAACAGAGGACCUUUCUGAUGUUCUUGUGAGGCAAGGAGAAUGAGUGCCCUGCAGAGGUGGCAGCUGGAGGCCCAUCACUCCCUCAGUGGCCAGGACAUCUCCACUCCAGUGGACGAAGAUGCCAGGGUUUGUAGCAACGCGGAGCCAACUACCAACGUGCCUGCUUGUCAGUUGCUUUUCCCUUCUCCCUACCAGAGUCGGGGCACCAGCGCUGGGCAGCCGCGGCCUUGACUCGUUAGUUUCUACGCUGUGUCCUCAGGGGAAGAGGAGGAGAGAGCGAUGUGAUGCCUGUCUGCCCUUUAUGUCCGUGUGAAGUUUUAGUCUCCUAAAAUUGGUCUGUUAUUUUCUACACUUUGCUCUUGUAGAAAAUUAUUUUUUAGUAGGCACUUAAUGUUGUCCCUAAAGAGCUACCUAAUCCGUGUACAUAGAAUACAUCAGAUGUACACUUAUAAAUGUAUACAGUGCUUAAAAAUAAAAUCAUUCUGGCAAAAUGUCCACUAGAUAGUUGACAUUAGCCUUUGGCCCGGCUGUCACCCUCGGGGGAUGUACCAGGGAUCCAGAUACCCGCCUGUUGGUGUAAGGCAGGACAUGCUGAAGGCCUGGAUAGUUUGCCUUGGAGUAAAGAUGAGGUCAGUGUUUGAAGUCAUGAACUUGGUCAGAAGACGGUGGCAGUGACACUUGCUGACAGUUGGGUGGCUCACUGGCCCCUUCUGUGGAUCCCUCACUUGACCUCUCUGUGGGGAAGGGACGGUCAUCACCCCCGUGUACAGAGGAAAAGAGAACAGGUGAAGUCGCUUGAGCAGGGGCAGCCAGCCACCUGCCAGAGCUUGGCCUUGAGCUGGGGAGCAGCUCCGGAGUCUUCGUUCCUGGCCUCCAGCUCAGUGGUGGAUGAAGAACGAUGGCAGAGACACGGGCCCAGCUGCGCGGGUUCAGCGUGCCCACUAAUCAGGCUGCUUCCCGUACUCGCAGGGAAACGGGGGAGUGAACUUUGUUUGCAAUCUGGAACAAGAUGGUGGCCGUUGCUCCCCGUGACCCUGUCCUGGCCAGGCCCCAGGUGCACACCCGAACCCGGCACCACUCACUGGCAGUCGAGCUCUUGGACUCUGGUCCAGGAGCGGUGGAGUGUGAAUUGGCACUUAUUCCUGAAAAUAGCUUGCUCCUCUGCCAAAAGCCACAGCGCUGCCCCUCGCCCUCAGGAAUGUGCUUUUCCAAUUGUAUCCAAGUCCCUGCCCACUGUGCAGUAUUGAGACGGUUAGGGGCUUGUGAACAUGCGGAGUAGACCAGGCCAUGGGACCCCACUGUCCUGUGGGGUUGGGGAUUCCAGCGUGUUCCCCUUGCCAGGUGAGUGCUGGGCCUUUUGACUGCGUGUCAGUCCUGGGGGUAGAACUUACGGCCCCACCUCCAGUGUGGGAGCUGGGCUGGGGCUGAGCUGCCAGCUUCGCCCUCUCCCCCUCCCUCUUGUUGCUGUGCUGGGAUGGAACCUGGGGCCUCUCAGGACGUGGGCAACUGCUCUGCUGCUGAGCUAUACCCUCAGCCCCCCGCCAGCUUCCUGAGUGACUCCCCUCCCCCUCCACCGGUCCUCCCAAGCUCCCUCACUUCCAUGCUCACCGUGUCCCCAGGACUGAAUUUGGACCCGUAGAGCAGAAAACCCAAGUCAGCGGGUACUGUGGUCUGAAUGCCGCUCCAGAAUCCGCCCGUUGAAACCUGACCCAGGCCAGCAAUGUCAGUCUGCACAGCCCUGGAGGUGGUGCCCCAGCGAUGGGAUUGGGGCCCUCACAGAAGAGGCCCAAGAACUUGCCAGAAGGUGAGGACACAGCAAGAAGCGCCAUUGGUGAAUCAGGAAACGGUCCUCUCCAGCCAUCAAAUCUGCUGAGGCCUCAGGAGAACUGACUUCCAGCCUCACAACUGUGCGCCCUGAGUCUCUACUGUUAAUGAGCCACCCGGGCGUUACUCUGGUGUGCAGCCUGAACACCAACACAAGUCCGCGUGGCAGAAUCUUCAUUUUAGUUACCAGACUCUUCAGCAAUAAGAUUCUCAUUUUAGGGUUUUUAUUUCUCUUGUCUUCAUUGAUUGCAUG